CCAGCUCUGUAGCGAAGUUUUUUGAGUCCUGCACGACGACUACAGGUUCGCCUACGGGAGGAGGAGAAGCAGCCUCGAGUGGAGGAAGGACGGGAUUAAUGUCUAAAGUUAUGCCACUAAAGGACUCAUUUUUAUAAGCGUAACUUGUUAUUGGCUUUGUUCUUGGCUCUCUGAAUUUGAUGCUUGCUAAGAAGUGUGCUUUUUUGUUUUAGAUUUAGCAGUGAUAUUCAAACUCAUGUGAUGAGUCUAUAGGUACUGCAUAAGGCUGCUCCGCUGAGUAAAUAUUCUCGUCCUGAAAGCCCAUUUCUAAUGCCACGCAAUGGAUAGCAGAGGUGAAAUCGCUGACUGGUGAUGGGUUUAACGUGCCCGCUUUGACAAAGCUCUUCGAACGCUUGCAGUUGCCUCAGGACGCUCUUGCGUUGAAGAAACAAGCAACCUCAGGAGCGACCCCGUUCCUUGAAGGCACAAAGCCCGCACAGAGAUUAAGGCUUGUAGAAUGAUGUGAAUGAAGUACUCUUAAACUCCUAAUAGUAGGGUCUUCGAAUCUCGUGGGCAGAGUUCUUAACAGUGACACGCGCCUCCUGUGCAGAACAGCCGGGGAAAAGCACUCUGGCCAGCCUCGCGCUUGCUUGCGUGGUGCUUGCGAAUAGUGCCCAACCAAAGCCGCCUCGGCUGGCUGCAAAAUUCAGCGCUCCCGCGGAGUGCGCUCGCCCUUCCGUGUAGAAAUGAAGAACGCACACCCGUUGGCUGUUCCUUCACUGCGUCCAGACUGAAUGCACCACGCCGCCCCGCUGUGGUGUGACUCCCCGCGACCACUCUCGCAGAAAUGAGAGCUGACACGGGCGCCGGCCCCUCUCCUGGUACAAACACCGUCGCGCGUAUUAUUUCAGGGGCAAGCCUUUCAAAGCUUCCGUGGGUGACGGGGUCCUUCGUUUUGUGGUCAUGGGCUCGCCCACUCCGUCGCAGCGGCAUGGGGCCGCCCAGUCAGAGCGCACUCACAAAGCCGCCACGGCGCCGCCCCCGUGGGUGUCGGUCGAUGGUAGCAAACAGAGCGGGCGACGGCGUGCAUAGGUGGCGCGCCUCCGCUGCUUUUGUCGGGGUCUGCUGUGCGGGGCAGGUGAAACGCGUGAAGCAGCGGGGGGGCCCUAUGUUAAUAGUUUCGCUGGCUCACUCUUUCGGCGAGGUAACUGAGCGGGGCUACGCGAGGGGCUGCCGCUGCGGUGCCGUGGGGACGGUGCAUGGUGUAGCUGUGUGGCUCUUUGUUUCUGCGGGCAGGGAGGGCGCCCCGUCUUAAUGAAACUCGAGUGCCACCUGGCUGGGCUUGUGUGUAGUUGUGUCUCGGGUGUCUGUGGGGGUGUGGCUUCCGUUGGAUUGUUUGAAGGAGAGCGGAACCCGAAGCGGGUGCUGCCGGGUUUUGCAGGCUCGGGGUAAUACAUCGAGGGAGAACGUGGGCACCUUGGUUGGAACUACCUGGAGGCGGCUCUGGGGUGGGGGGCCAGCCUCUCUCGCUUGUUGUGCUAGCUUUUUCUUUGUCGUUGCUCGUUUGGUCGAGUUCGGUUGGCUUCGCUUAUGCUUUUUCGUGGAGGGCGCGCGCGUGUUGCCUACGGGGCAACGCAGUGCACCAGGGGACCCGCCAAAGCUUGCUUCGGUGUAGCGUUUCUUGAAAAGCUAGGGGGUGCCCCUGGGUGAGCGGGCUGGUGUGCGUGCUAAGGGGUGGCGGGCUUUUGGGGGAUUAUAGUUGUAAACAUCGGGAGCCUUUUCGGAAACACGGAUCGGAAGGCCUUGCCUGGUCAUCUCUGUCUCGGGUGCUCUUCGGCUGCUGUUGUGUGUCUUAGGUAAUGGCGCCGCAGUGCUUUUGGUUGGUGUGGGUCGUUUGCUUCUCGCAAGGUAGCGCCUUGAUUGCGCCGUCGUUCGUUGUUGGCGCUGGGCCGUGGGUGAACUCUCUUCCCCUGGCUAGGGCAGCUACCUUCUUCGGUGGUGGACCUGCCUGCGGAGUUGAUUCUUUGUUCUAAAGCCAUGAGAGCGCGCGGCGCUUUGCGGCUUCUUUGUGAUUUGGGGGGGUGACUGCUUUGAGCGGCGUGAGGUGGUGUCGCCUUCUUGUUCCUUGGGGGCUACGUCGAAGCCGAGGGAACUUGCUGGCGCUGGUGAUGCUUAUACUAUUGCUCCUAAAAGGAGAGAAAGUAAGCCCAAGCAGGCGGGGGCCUCUGGGGUGUGUGCUGAUAGAUUAUAGCGGUUGUUUUUUUUUUUUGGUCUUCUUUCGGGCGUCGUCGGUGUCAUGUCUUUCAUCCGCAAGCAGCUCAGCGGGGGGGCAGACGCAGGCCAGCGCGAGACCAUCAAAACGCAGAAGCGCCCAUGGGCAGGGCAAGGGGUUCUGGCCUCGCGUCGUGGUUCGUUUUGCUUUUUGGUGUGUGUUUUAGAGCUUAUACCCCUCGCUGCUCUCUGGUGUUGGUUGGGCAACUUAUGGAGAACGAGGGAGAAGCCAAGCGGGGGGCACAGCUUGAACCCCGGCGCCGCCGCUAGGAGGGCGCCGCGCCUUCACUUUUCUGGGGCUCGUCGGCUCGUUCGCAUUUGAGAGCCGCUGCUCCGUCGAUCGCUCGUGGGUGUGCCCAGUGAGGGGCACAGGUGGCGCGUGGUCCGUCAGGUUUGCGCUGCGGCGUGCGGCUGCCUGGUGUCGCAGGUUCUGCAGCGGAGUGGGGCAACUUGUGUCGGGCCUUGGCUGGGCUUUCUUUCGGAGGUGGGGGGUGCGCUGUGUAGUGUUCUGCGGCUCAAAAUGGGAGGCGAGUGGCGCUCACUGCCUUCCACCUUUGGCGCGGCCCAGUGCUUUCGUCUUCUGUGUUGCAUCAUUGGAGUGAGACAGGGGCGCCAUGUGCGGGGCUUCUCUUCUCUUUUCGGGGCUUGUUGGCUAUGGUAUUGGCAAUGGCAUCACCAUGGAGAUGGAGGCACCCAAAAGGUGCUGCUGAUUGAAACGAUUGCGAAACACACGGCGCGGCGCGCUGGCUUGGGUGCGUGGUGUGUGUUGUUCUGACUUGUGGCAGGCUGUCGGCCACUCUACUUUUGUGAGCAACGUGCUCCCCUUGGUCGCGCUGGUUAUGCUGGCGGCUUGGUGGUCGGGUGCAGGUAGUUGGCAGCUGCUUGCCCAGGUUCAUUCUCAGGCCAGCCUUGGCUGCCCUCCUCCGGGUAGGGUGCAGCAAAGUGAACCAGCGCAACAGGCAACAGGCGCGCAAAGAUGGGGCCACGUGCUUGCUUUGUUGGUUCUGUCUGUGGGUGUCCUCGGUUUGCGUGGGUGGGGUCGCUCUUUUUCGUGUGUGUCUGCCUCUCUGGCAGUAUGCAGAGCGACGGGAAAGGAACGGGGGGCCAGGCAGCUCGCCUGGGUUUCUGCCUUCGUUCUAUAGGCGCGAGCACUGCGCGUGUGCUCCUGUUUUUCUGCCUUGUUUUUGCAGGCUUUUCUGUGCAAGAAAAAAAGACGAGGCGCGCGCAGCGCGCUCUUCUACUUUUUUUGGCUUUUUUCUAAGUGAGAAAAUAAAUGGUGAAAGCUGUCCCCCUCUAGAUUCUUGGGGCGACUACCCUUUCCCUUGGAAAUUGCUUGGGUGUUCGGGGGGUCAAACUGCCCCCAUAUCGCGGGGGGGGUUUUCAGUGAAAACCCCCCCUGCGAUAUUGUGCGAAAGUAGCCCCGGAACGCGUUCUCUUCAAGGAACUGCGUUCCGGGGCUACUUUCGCACAAUAUCGCGGGGGGGGUUUUCAAUGAAAACCCCCCCUGCGAUAUGGGGGCAGUUUGACCCCCCGAACACCCAAGCAAUUUCAAGGGCGGAGGGUAGUAGCGCCAAGAAUUCAGAGGGGGAAGGCUUUCGCGCGUCAAGCUUCUCACUUGGAAAAAACAAAAAAAAACUAGAGGGGCGCGCUGCGUGCGCUUGGUUUUUUUCUGCAUGUAAAACGGAGCCCGCAAAAAAAGCGCGCGGAUGGAAAAACAGAAGCGCGCGCUGCGCGCGCGCGGCUUGGUGUCGAAAUGACCAAGCAGGCGGGGGUGGUGUGUGUGGUUCUUUUUUUCUUUUGGUGUCUAAUAUAGUAUGCAGAGCAUGUCUUUGCCCGCUUCUGUCUUUAAAAAUAUACGCUGCGCAGCUUUUGCAGCAGGCCCCUGGCACAAGCUGGCAGCUGGGGCCGCGAGUGUGGUCAUUUCGGUGCGUGAGGCAAAAAAUUUAAGCAGGGGGCAGGGGUGUGGCUUGUUUGUGGCCGGUGUUGGUAUCAGUUCCACGCGCUGAAGCGGAUGGCGCGUGCCGUGCUUGCUUCUGCAAAGAAAAAAGCAAACAGAAACACAUGAGCCGAAGGACCUGGCGCCGGCCCCUCGCUGUCGUGGCUUUCAUCUUGCUAAGGCAGUGACUUAGGAGCGAACGAGGGAGGCGCGCCGCAGCUUGGGCCACUCACGGCACUGGCUACUGAGAUUAAAAACGAGCAGGCCCGGGGCUGCAGCACGUCGCUGCAGGUCUAGGGCUGCCGCAGGUGCUUGCCUUUUGCUUCGGGUGCGUGGGAAGUAGUUACUGGCGGGCGCUGUUUGUCUCGUAUUAGUUAUGGCUCGCACCUGUGCAGCUUGGGCGUACUUGCCUAGUCAUGACACACCGGAGCCAGCAAAGCGCUGGGCGCUUUUCUCUGUACAUGUCGGGGCGUGGAAAUCUGGCGCAGGGUAGGGGUGCUUCUUGUUUUAAUCUAAGUAAGUGAGGCUGCCUGCCCAUGGGGUGGGGCCCCCUCUUCUCUGUGUCGUCAGGUGAUUGCCAGAGCGUUUCUCGCUGUUUGUUCGUGUGAGUGAGUGGCCAGCCCUUGGGGAGUGCUUUUUAGCUCGAUGAAGCUGGGGGCGGCGGUGUGUGUGGGUGGGUGUGUCUUUGGGAGGUGUGGUCUUCGUUCUUUCUCUCUUUGUUUCGCGGAGGAGCUUCGCGCCAUGUGUGUUGGCUUGCUGGCUCGGUCGUUCUUCAGUCAUAUUAUUAAUUUCGCUCCCGGCUCGAUUUUGCUGUUAGGUGGUGUCUGUUUUCUGUGCUGUGUGCAGGUCGUCUUCGCUGCCGCUCGCUGUUGGAUGGGGGGCCUCGCUUUGUUUCGCGUUGCAACUUGUGAAGGGGUCCCCGCGCAGGGUUGUGUUGUGUGGGUGAAGGGGGGAGGGCGCGUGGCGGGCACUGGGCCGGCGCUUGGGUCGAGGGCUUCGCCGCUGUGCCUUUUCUUCUGGCUUGGGAUGUUUGGCUGGGUGAUUUUUGUCGCCGAUGCUAAGUGGGUCGCCUUGGUUGUUAUGUCUGGAGCCUUGCGGGCCGUCAGCACUGCCGGCGCCCUCGUUUCAAACGGGGCGGGUGCCAAUGUUAACUGCGUGCGUGAGUGUUCGUUCAGUCAUGCAGCUUUGUAGGCUGACCUUGAAGCCCCAUCGGUCGCUGGGGUGGCUGGGUGAGCUAUUUCCGGCCUCUGACUGCUUUUGCUUUCGCUGGCUUCGUCUAUCUAAUUCGAAGUGGGGUGGAGGUGGUCCCGCGAUUAUGCUCUUCGGUGCGCUGCACCGGUGGCCGCGUGCGUGGGCGGGCGGGCAGUGUGUGAGUUCUCGUAGGGUUCGACGGUGGUGCCUUCUCCUUUUUUGCUUCGGUUUGGCGGGCAGGCUUGUGCACCUUGGAGCCGCCUUUCUUUGUCGCUGUGUUGGGUUUGUGAAUGACUCCUGGGGGCCCCGGCUGCUCUUCCUUCUACUCGUGUCUGCUGUUUGGUCUCUUCGUCCUUUUUUGUGGGCCUUUCGUUCUUUGUUUUUUGUUUGUCGGCUGGCUGCGGCGCCCCCCCGCGCCCGUCGACUAAAUUGAAAGUGAGACUCGCUCGCUCGGGUGCCCGUGGGUGCGUAGCGUGCGAGGCUGCGUCGGUUCGCUGUGGCAUGGGUUGUUUCGCGUCGGGCUUGGCAGCUUUUGCUCCACUCGUUUCUCCGUGUCUAUGCCCUGCCUGGCAGGCUUUUCCUGUCUGUCUAUUGGUGUCGGCGCUCUGUCUCGUUCGGAUAAGGAAGAGAGGGAGACCGACUGACGGGGGGGGCCGCUUUUUGUCAUUUCGGUCGGGGGACUAGGGAAGCGGCGGCGCCGGCUCUUCUUUAGGCGCGGGCCGUCCUCGGUGUCUUGUGCGUGGUUGUUUGGCAUUGUUUUGCUUAGGGGGGGGGGGGGGCGGAGCUAUUGCUUGCGGGGGACCAGCGCAGCUUCCCCGGCGUGCGUGCGGGUGCUGUGCGUGGUAAGUGAUGGCUGGCCCAAGCAAUGGCAUGAGAGAGGGACCAGCCGGCCCCUCUGUCCUUCCGCUCUGUCUUGCGUGCAGCUGCGUACUAGGGCGGCCGGUAGUGGAUGGCGCUUCUUUGCCAGGUAGCGGAUGCGUCCGCGGGGUCUUACGGUUAUUCUGGCAGCUUGGUCUUUGUCGUGGCAGCAAGGUGCGCGGGGGGGCCGUGCUAAAUUGAUUCGUUGCGUGUGGCUGUGGUCAAUCAUUGUUCGCGCCCAUAGCGGGGGCUGUAAGUAGGGGAAGCAAGGUGGCGCAACUGCAGCAGCCCGCCCGCCCCGUCGCCGGAUAAUUGCGGGCGGCGAUUGGUGUGGCGUAUGUGUUACGGAUGUUGUGUUCUGCGCAGGUGGGGAGCAAUGGGUGAGCAAUGUGAGAAGGCGCGCCGCCGGUCGUGUUCGGGCUCGGGGAUAUGUGACAAAGCAAGGCGCCGCGGGCGGGGAUCCUCGGCGGCUUACUUUUUCAGGCGAGCGCUUUUUGCGCUGCAUGGUGCGCGUCGCACUGACAACUCUGCCGCUGGCGAGAGUGAAACGCGAAGACCCUCUUAUUAGGCUAAUCAGAGUAUUUCUAUUUUCUUUUUCUACUAAUGUCAGAAGGCGGAGCGACAUUUUCAGUAGCGCUUGAGCGCCACUGCUUCUGGGUAGGGCAACAAUUUUCAUUGGUGCUGAUUUUCUGCGGUCUAGUUUAAGAAAGAAUCACUAGAUCUGGGGAUUUGCACAUGCAGCACCAAUCAAGGAUCAACAUUAUCAUGGGGAUGGGGUUGCAUAUGGUAGCUCUAAAUUAAGCAGCGGAAGCACUCGAUCCAUACAGCGGGAACAUUGAGGCCUACAUGGAUCUUUGUAGGAUGAGUGUUGUCGCAGCACAAGAAGAAAGCCAAAAAUUAGGACAAGGAUCUAAACAAGACCUUUUAACGAUAAUAUGAUCGAUUAUACCACAGAAGACCAACAGUAUCAUCUUGACUCGUUGCGCGUCUGUCUUGUUUUCCUAGGAGGCCGGUACAUUAAGAUGUACUUAGACAAAGAGCUCCAGCUCGACGAGCGUCACGAGAAUUAGUAUCAUGUAGAUGAAGAGCUUAGAUCUUAUACUAUCGUGAAGACAGGCAGGAGGAGCUCCCGCUCUAAGAAAAGCAGGCGAUGGCGCUGACGCAGCUUCUGGCAACAAAAAACAAAUGCCUCCAGUUGUUGUAGAUAUUGCCUCAGUUGUGAGUACUACACCCGCUGCAGCCGCGUCUGCACCCACAGCAGGCAAAGAUUAAGAGCACCUACUCGAGGUGAGUCAAUUUUUACCAACGUGUUUUAGUCAAUUUCAAAUCCACCAGCAUGCUUUUUGAGCCAACGACUUCCUCCGCUAGCUCUAAAAAGACGUCGCCAGGCCUUCGGUAUCGUCUUGUUUACCAGCGUCUUAGUCUUUUAGUCAAUUUCCGCCAACAUCUUGUGGUCAAUUUCCUUAGUUCUAAUAAGAGGUCGCCAUGCCUUCGGAGGUAUCCUCGGAAGCUACCAAGGGUUUAGAUCCUCCCUUUGUACACACCGCAACCCUUCGCUUGUGGCGAGUUGCAUCUGCGCGCCACGGAAACUUCAUACAGAGGACGAGCUUGU